GGAAAACCAUUAUCAAUAUCCCUUUCACCCUCAUCACAUCAGAAAACAGACAACAUCGAUGGUACAACGAAGCAAAUCCAAGAUGCCCCUUUCCGCUUGUAAGCCAACUACUCCCCCACCAGAGCUAAUCCGCUUCGGCCACUCCAAUUUUGAAUUCAACUCCUGCAAAUCCUUCGGCACCGCAACACCCUUCCCCUUGAAUUGUGCUUCUACCUUGGUAAUCCCCUUACCUUCUCCAACUAACGACAAAUUCUACUGCGUCCUAUCGCCCAUCACCACCCCUGAUUCGAUCAAAAACUGUUGUGCAAUCUGUCACCUCCACCAAACCAGACACAUACAUUCUUCUGCGUCGUCAAAGAGAUUUGUUCCGGUAGUUUCGAUACCGGUACUCGUGUUGCAGGGUUCCGUUGUUUUCCAUGAGGCUUGUUUGUUUGCGUAUUUGCUUUCUGAUAACGAGGUAGCUGGUCUGACUGGGGAGUUUUACGAGGAACUGAGGGAGUUGAGGAAGUGGGUCAUUGCGCAGAAGUGGGAUUGGGCUGUUUUAGGGGAGGUAUUGGAUAGAGUACUGACGAAGGCAGGGAAGAGGAUGGUGGAAGCGGAGGAAGCGGUUGAGGCAGAAAGAUAUGGAGAGAUGGUGGAGUUGGGGAACGGCUGUUACGUGGUAUAGAUCCUUUACUAAACCCUCUCAUAUGUUCCAACUAGAAGAAACGCCUUCUCACCAUUCUGAUUAGACCUUCCAGCUGUAGCAGACAUGUCGCUGCAUAAGCACGCUGUAUCUCUU